AUGAGAAAAUCAAUUCCGCAAAUUACCAGUUACACGGUAUCAUCAACAAAGAUGAUGGUACCGCUUAUAUACUUGUUUUUAACAAGUCUUCUUCUUGUUGAUGCCUAUCGUCUUCCGACCAAUGUCUUGCCAGAAAAUUAUAAACUGGAGAUAAUCUCUUAUUUGGGACAAAAGGACAAUUUCAGUUUCGACGGAAAUGUUUGGAUCAAGACCACUUGCGUUCACACAAUUCACAACAUAACCCUCCACUCGAAAGACUUGGAAAUCAAAGAAGAAGCAAUAACCUUGAAAGACGUAUCUAGCAACGACUCCAAAGCCCUGAAAAUCCUAAAAAUCGAACUCCAAAAAGACAACGACUUCCUCAUAAUCCACCUCAACGAACCUCUACUAGCUGGUAGGAAAUACCAGCUUUUCAUCAGCUUCAGAGGUCAUUUGGACGAUGGCUUGGCAGGUUUCUACAGAAGCAGCUACUUCGACAAGCAGAAGAAAGAGAAGAGAUGGCUGGGUGUGACGCAAUUCGAGGCCAUCAGUGCCAGGAUGGCCUUCCCUUGUUUCGACGAACCAGAAAUGAAAGCCACUUUUGACAUCAGCAUCGGCAGAAAGGAGGGUUACAAGGCGAUCAGCAAUAUGCCUUUGUUACUCACAGAGCCUCUGAAAGAAAAAGAAGGAUGGUAUUGGGAUAGAUUCGACACUUCAGUACCUAUGUCCACCUACCUUGUGGCCUACAUCGUUUCAGAUUUUGACUAUAAAAAAGCAGAAACGUCGCAGAACAACAAUGUGACCUUCAGAAUUUGGGCAAGAAAAGAUGCACUCAAUCAGGUAGAUUUUGCUGCCCAUGUGGGUCCCAAAGCGUUGGAGUACUACGAAAAAUUCUUCGACUUGAAAUACCCUCUGCCCAAACAGGACAUGGUUGCCAUUCCUGAUUUCAGCGCAGGCGCAAUGGAAAAUUGGGGCCUCAUCACUUACCGAGAGGCUUAUCUGCUUUACGAUCCCAAAGUUUCCUCCAAAACUAGCCAGCACAGUGUUGCCAGUGUCAUAGCUCAUGAAUUGGCUCAUCAAUGGUUCGGCAACCUGGUGACGAUGAAAUGGUGGACAGAUUUGUGGUUGAACGAAGGUUUCGCCACUUAUAUGGCCAGUUUGGCAGUGGAGGAACUUUUUCCCCAAUGGAAUUCCUUGCAAGAAGAAGCCGCAGAUAAUCUGCUCAGCGUUUUUUCGUUCGACUCGCUGAGAACUUCACACCCUGUUUCCGUACCGAUCGGUGAUCCCAAAGAAAUCGACGAAAUUUUCGACACGAUUUCGUACAAGAAAGGCUCGUCCCUCAUCAGGAUGAUGAGCCUCUUCCUAGGCGAAGAGGUUGUCAGAAGAGGUGUCAGCAAUUAUCUGAGCAAACACAAAUUCCGCAACGCAGAACAGGACGAUUUGUGGGACUGUUUGACAGAUGAAGCGCACAAAAACGGAGUACUGCCACACAAUUUGACAGUUAAAACCAUCAUGGACACGUGGACAGUGCAAACGGGCUACCCUGUCAUCAAUAUCAAGAGAAACUAUGAGAGGAAGACGGCUGAAAUCACCCAGCAUCGAUAUUUGAGAGACAUAAUCAACACGAGAGAUGCUAUGAAUCCCUGUUGGUGGGUCCCUUUGAGUUAUUCCACCAAAGAGAAUCGGCAUUUCAACGUGACUACUCCAGAGCAUUGGUUAUCUUGUCCCAUACAAGAACAGGUCAUUGAAAAUAUCGCUGACGAAAAAGAUUGGGUCAUAUUCAACAAUGAAAUGGCAGGAAUAUACAAAGUCAAUUACGAUGAGCGGAAUUGGGACCUGAUCACCAAAUAUUUGCAAAGCGAGCACUACGACGAAAUACCGACAUUGAAUAGGGUACAACUACUGAGCGACGCGGCAGAUUUGGCAUUCGUCGGAAACUUGAAGUACGACAUUUUCUUCGAGUUGCUGAAAUAUCUGAAAGCGGAGAGGGAGUAUUUGCCGUGGAAAGCUGCACUGGGAAAAACAGCGGGCCUCACUACGCACCUGAAAAGAUCCUCGACUUACGGCCAAUACAAGGAGUACAUGAAGCAGUUGUUGACACCCAUCUACGAACAGAUAGGAGGUCUAGAAAUUCCCACUUCAAGUGCUGAUAAAUUAGAUUCGAUAAAGUUGCAAGUUCUGGUUGCCAGUAAGGCUUGCAAAUUCGAAGUUGCAAAUUGCAUCGCACAUUCGCGGAAUUUGUUCAACAAAGUCAAGGAAAAUCCUCAAGGAAAUUCUAUAAUUUCCAAAGAUUUGAAAGGCGUUGUAUAUUGCACCAGUUUGAAACAUGGAGGUGAAGCUGAAUGGGACUUUUUGUGGAAGAAGUAUCAAACUUCCAACGUGGCCACAGAAAAGAGCACUUUGCUGAACGCCCUCGGAUGCACCAAUGAAAUAUGGCUGCUCAAGCGGUACUUGGAAUGGUCUUUGAAUGACACGAAAAUACGGAGACAGGACAGUAGCACCGUUUUCAGCGCUGUUGCCAGAAACGAUGUCGGCUAUUUUAUCGCUAAGAGCUUCUUCUACGAGAAUGUCGACCACAUAUUCAAACACUUGCAACCAAACAAAAGGAGAAUCAGCAGAUACCUGUCAUCCUUAGCCACUCAGAUGACUGAAGAAAAAGAUCAACAAGAAUUGGAGCAUUUCAUCGAUCAAAAUAGGGCAAACUUUUCGGAAGUGAAAAAAGGGGUGGAACAAUCUUUGGAAACAGUGAAAAUCAACAUACAAUGGCAAAACAAACAUGCUGAUGCCAUCCACAAAAUACUCACAAAAUAUUCCAAAUAA